AUGGCCGACCCCAAGGAUAAGCUCUUUUCUGAGUUCUAUUCCGAGGUCAAAUUGAUCGAGAAGCGGGAUGCUGCACUCACACCUAAACAACAGAUAGACCGACUCAACAGACCUGGUUGCACUUACUUCAAUCUUAAUCCUUUCGAUGUAAGCCAUUUUUGAGGCUUCGAAUAAACAUUCAAGGUUUUACAAAUCGACCCAGACGUUUCGAUGACCGAUAUAAAAUCAAGAUAUCGUCAGGUAAUCUCUAAACUGACGUAAUAAUUGCCCUUAGAUGUCCUUGCUUGUGCAUCCUGAUAAAAACCAAGACGACGCCGAGCGGGCAAAGAAGGCAUUUGAUGGUGAGACAAGAUACUGUCAAAAAUAUGUAUUUGCAAAUUAUAAAGGGGCCAUAUGUAUUCGUUCCCUUUGAUAUUUUUGGCUGCAUAUAUAUGCAGAAAUUUGUUCGAUUACACCCUUACCAGCGGGUGUCGUACACGACGACUUAACAUUGGUGCGACAUUCGGGACUCGAGUCGUGUCAUACCUUUAAUACAUUUGCUAUCAGGCGGAAAAAACGAUCGACAACCGCGGGGUUCAACACCUCCCUUAAUUCCGCUUUUUGAUCUAUGUAAUUAUGCCACUUAGUUGUAAACCUUGCGUCAAAUUGCGUCUUUCUGUGCUAUCAAGAGAGCCAGGGAACCUCUUGCACAUUUUUUUCGUUUCCCACGUUUUAAAUCCCUUUAAACUCGUCACUGUAUAUAUGUAACCAAAGUUUGACAUAGAGAUGUCGAUUUUAAAAUGAUUGCAUCAUCGCCUGUGUCUAAUUGCCACUGCACUGCGGCCUGAGACAGAAAUGUGUAUAUUUCAUUCAUGUUUGAUGAGCGGCGUAACGCUUGCAACUUGUGUCCACUCAGGCUUUAAGAAACUUUGCGCUGGAGACUUACUUUCCUUUUUAAACAAUCCAGCGCGUUCACAGGGUUUGGUCCAUGAGAAAUCGAUGUCGCAUGUCGAUGUCGAUGCGUCGAUUCCCAUAUCUCUUUUUUAGACAUGAUUUACUUUGGUCGGGUUCUAUCAGAAUGAGAUCCCUGACUGCCUCAUAUACUCGUAAUUGCCUUACGGUUUUGGGUAAAUUUAUGAAAAUGACCGGGGCAGACCACAUUCAAUAUCCCAUAUACAAACUCUAACCACCGUGUUCUGAGCAUUUUCUCCCUAGAAGUCGUCAUAAGUGUCUUGUUAUCUAAGAGAACCAACACAUUAUUGUUUAGAAUUAUGACUUGGCAGUCUUUGCUCGCCUGAAACGUUCUGCGGAUGCAAUUUUUCUCAAUUGUACGGCCCUGUCAUUGGCUUUCAAUUUCUUCGCCACUGGAGGGCUUACAGCUUCCUUUUAAUGUCCUUAAUUAGACGUCUUGCUUUGCUUGCAUUAACAGCCGUUAAUAAGGCUUACAAGGCCUUGGAGGACACAACGAACUACAGAAAGUGCCUCGAGGUCGUGCAAGAGGCGAAAGAUAGAGUUAUACAGAUGGUAUUGCAUUAUGCCACCUAAUUCGAACUACACCUUUUAGGUGUAUGAGAAGCGGAGGCGGAGCAAAGGCGAGCCCAUUGACGAGGAUGAUCCUGCUAAGGUAGGUCGCAUUCAGUUAACCGAUAUUCCCGCCCACCCGAUUCUCACCCUAGUACAAACACGCGGUGUAUGUCCAAACUUGCAAAUUGUUCGCAGAUCUCGAGCGUUUACGGGUAGAUGAGGAAACCAAGCAAACAAAUGAAAGGUGCGUUUUUUAUUGUUCGUUGUACUUUUAUCAACCGAAACAGUUUUCCACACACACUUAUGUCGUGCCUAUUUAGGUCCACUUUAAAAUGCUUUCCCUUCUGCGUAUUAAUUUUCUUUUCAUCGGUUAUCAGUUCAGAUCCUGUCACCCACUGACUCCAAUUUUAGUGAGGGAAGGCCCGACAAACGAAUUUAGUAGAAACCUCGUCCCACUCUAGCAACGGGAUUUAUGUGAUAUGUUAGUGUGGACCUAGCAGGCGUGUGCCGAGCUUCUUACUACAAUCGCCUGCUGCUUCAAGACGCUGUCCUUUUCAAGUUUUUCAGUCAUCUUGUAGGCCAUGAGACCAUUUGCUGUUUGUAUGUUCUUUUCGCAGAAUCUGCCAACACCAAUUAUAGCGCGCGAAAUGCAGUGUUAAGUACUUUGAGCUACCUCAAACCGUUGGUCAGACAAUAAGGUUGCUCGUAGUGCAGCUGCUUCCUAGUAACUGCAAGGCCUAUUUGCUCGAGGUUCCGCUCUGCCAAUUGGACUCCUUUGGGCCUAACUGUAGGUAAGCUACGACGAGAAAGUUUAUUUGAUGAUAGAUAAUUAUAGCCAUGUUUAUGGACUGCGGAAUUUACUAAUAUAAUGGAUGUGCCCAACCUCAGUGUUCCCCGUCCUAGUAGCAUUGUUGCCGUUCUGCGACGGUUUACCAGAUCCAUGAUCCUGCUUGCAGUUAAUCGUAGCCGAAGACGGGUUAACUUGCCGGGUAACCAGCGUCUGUGCCAAGCAUGAGUUUCACUGGUUUUUUGCAGUUGUACGAUGCAAUUUUUAGGUGGGUGCAGAAAUCAGGCGAAGCGGCGACUUAUGUCGUCGAUGUUGAUGAGAGUGCAUCUAGAAAAUGAUGAGUGUGAGGAUGAUGGACGUUUCGGCCGACGGACUAAGUGUAGUACGUGCGCAUCUACUAAUUAAUGUGCUUAUUUUGCGGUUUCUAUUUCGUUCGUCCGCUUUUCCGUAAAACAGUAGAGGAAUAUGCAGAAUACCUUGCCCUAGUUAGCCAUGAACGUACUUGCCCGUCCUUACAAAAAUGCGUGCUGCCGGCCGGGCAAAUGGCGAUGAAGGUCAUAACCCGCAGUCCCAGUAUACUAAAGGGCACUUGGCUUUGGCGGACGAGAUAUCUAAAAUUCAACUCCACCAACGUUUGAAGUUCGGGAGACCGGUUGAAGCAUUUCUGGCUUAUCUGUUGUCGUCCGCGGACCAUGCUCCAACAGCAGGUCUGGCCGUCAAGAGAUAUAGACGCGGUCAGUAAUUUGUCCGAAUUCUUUACACGUAUUACACACUCACGUUACCGAUAGCGAUGUCAAAUUUUCAUAAUCACACGCAACUGACUUCCAUUGGCAACUGGCUGAUCAUUUUUUACAGCCUAUCCGAAGGCGUUUAUGAGGCUCCGCCUAGGUGCUCGUCCUCUAAAGGACCCCUCCCCGGAAAUGCCACUGAUGACACGGCAUGUUCUGCCACGCACUAGCGCGUUUUAGAGGCGGCUGAGCACGUUGCCGUGGGACUAUUGGAAUUGCACACCGGCUCAAAAGCGACCGAGCGCAUCACUCAUAAAAAUCAAAUACUCGGGGAGCAGUCGGAUGUAGUGUAUCUUAUCCUGUGCCCGAACUGCCUCUUAGUUAAACAGAUCAGCCUGAACGCAUGCUCGGAUCGCGCGUACGCGAACCUAAGCUGACUGUGUGGUGGGAUGACUAAUUAUCACAAAUAGCUACUUACACCCUCGAGAUGGAUCACGAGUUUAACUUCGCGGCUACCACGAUAAUCUCCCACGCCGGAAGCAAGAAAAACCGAUAAUUGAUUGGAGCCUGUGCCCUCAGGUGCGAUCUCAGUCAAUUAAUAUGUCGAUCUUACGCGGCCACAGAGCCCUGCGCAGCCAUCUCAAGACCUGCGCCACUGAUCGUUGAUUAUAAACUAUCCCCAUAGCUUUCACUGGUUCUGUUACUGCUUUUCUCUCUGAUUCCUGCUUGAGUUAAAAAUAUCAGAAAAAUAUAGAAGUGGCCCCGGUACUCGAACAGCCUUUUUAUUCACUCACACACCUGAACUUCGGACAUUCGCCUGCAUCCGUUGAAAGACAAAUUUGCUGACUGCAUGGAUAUCUGAAACAUUAUUCCAUCGCCUUUUUCGAACCGCAGCCUUCCUGUUCGUCUUAGUUUUGAGCGCCCAAUACAUGUUUUUCUCGGCGAUGACGAAGCCUACCUUCGUCCCUUUCACACACCCACACUUGCCGUGUUUCUAGUUACCACUCGUACUUGCAUUUCUUAAGUGUCGUUCAUACCGUUCUCUCUGCAGAAAGCGAAAGGCUGAGGAGGACGAAUUGAACAAGUACAGAACGGCCGUGGAACGGGAGUGGAGGCAGAAUUAUGAGGUAGGCAACUGCCUUAUUUAAUACUGGCAUUAUAGUCUCAUUAGCGGUCUAGGUCCUCCUUAAGUUUUUAUCACUGCGACAGCUAGUCUGACCCCAUUAAUGCUCAUGUCUAAUUUUGACUCUACGAACUUGUGCUCCUUGGAGCGAUCAAAUCCAAGUAGCCACUCCGACUAGCGGACGAAACAGGAUGACGGCGGCGACGUGUUGGAGACACCCCGUGAACUUCUAAAAAGCCUGGUCUAACCAUGAGGAGUAAGCCAGCCCUGUGGUGGGCGUUCCCUGGGUGUAUGUAUGUUAACACAGCCACCGCGCUCAUGCCCAUUUUAAUUUUUUUGGACUGAAUCUUGUCAUUGCGCCACAAGGUUGUGAAUGAGUGGAGUGACGAAGGGUAUACCGAUGCUGCGUAAGUCGUCACUACUUCUCUGGUAUACUGAUACCCAUCGUUCUGUUCAUUGCGCGAACGCUUUUCCCAAAGGAUGAUGGGCGGUUUUUGUCCACUUAAGCUGUGGUCGUCCACAUGGUUAAAGAACGCUGCGUGACUUAGUGGGCUCAGUACGUUGGUAGUACGUUGUGUAGUCAGCCAUUAGUCAGCCAUGCUUGAAAUCGGGCCCAUAUGCCUCGAUUUGUUUGUUGAAGGCCGAGGAAGCGAACUGAGUAAAGGGGAGGACAUAAUCCCAUGUCUCCGUGCAGCAUAUAAUUUGGAAACCCCAAAUAGAAGUACAACGGUGGGUAUCAAAGAACUCUUGAAGCUGAAAGAGACCCUUUGAAGACGGCGUAAUUUAUCACAAAACGAACACAAAAAAGGAUAUUUUUAUGUAGGCCUUCCACAAGAUAUAUUUGCCCCGGUACUCGAACAGCCUUCUUAUUCACACACACCUCAAAUUUGGACAUUCGCCUCCAUUCGUUGAAAGACAAAUUUCCUGCCUGCAUGGAUAUCUGAAACAUUAUUUCAUCGCCUUUUUUGAACCGCAGCCAAAACGGGUACUAGCUAAGUAGUCUUUUGGCGAGUGUAAUUUUUGUAGGCGGCCGGAACGACUCACAUUCCGGCAUUCCGUCGUGACUGAAAUAUUUUGGCAUUCUGCCAUCAGAUGCUCACUUUUAUGAGCCCACCAAGCACAUUACCUACUGUUGCCGUAGAAAUCUUUAAUUCAACUAGGCGGGUGAUGACUCUACAUACGCGAUGCUUCUCGACAAAGUCUUUAAUUUCUUUGAAAGCGAAACAGUCUAACUGAAGUAUUUCCGGCUAUCUGACACGGGCAUGUGGACCUCCAGUACUACAAGUGACUUCGACCUAAAUUCCAGAAGGGUACCUGUUCCCACGUACUGACUUUAAUCCUAACUCUUAAACCCCCCGCCACUUCUUCCACCCUGGAAUUUAGGGCAGAACCAACUUUAAUACGGGGGGUCAAUAUCCCCGUGCCCGACCGGAUUUUCAUGUACUCGUACACUUUCCGACGGAAACUCUUCACGCUCCCGAACCAACUGACGUAUUUAUCUCUGUUAUUUAGUUUAAGAUUUGAUUGCAAUAUCGUGUUUCCUCUGACCUUCCCCGUUUUUAAAUCUCCAGAACUAUUUACGAAUGGCUCGUCUUUGAGAAACUACUGUUCCUACAGAGAUCUCCGUGAUCGCAUCCUGGCAACAAUGCUCAGUUAGCCUAAGACCCAUUACAUGUAUACAUUGCAGUACACUUCGUUCAUGAAACGCCAUCCCAACUAUUAUUAGCUGUCAGAGGGCCUAACUACCCAAGUAUGAUGGAUUAUUUCCGUGCAUUUUCUACGGUUACGGACACUCGUUUGUGUUUCGUAGAAAUAAUCUUUGAAAACGUCUGUUCAUUUAAUCCUCUCACAAGGUAUUUCGUCUCCUUCAGGCCUAGGGUUUAAAGAAAGUAAUUUUAGUUUGAAAAAAUUGGUGUUUUUGUACGUUCUUAAGAAUUAUUCUUAGGUGGUGGCUGAAAUUUCUAACGGGCGCGUUCUAGGCGGAUAGUUAAGUUACAAAUCAAGCAUCAGAGAACGUACGGUGAUGCUUACGCAUUCCUGACUAAAUGAGAAUGUGGACUAUGAAGUUUAAAUACAUAAUUACCCAUGGUUUGGCGGCUUUUUUUAACUCGAUUUCCGGCUCCUUAACCGAAUGUGGAUGAGAUCAUCUGAGGAACAUUAGGGAUUGCUAUUCAGUUUAUAUUAUAGCUUUGGCGGAAAUGCUCUUUGUUGCGUUUCCAAAGUUGUCCUCGGCAUUUGCACACAGACACUCCCCUUAUAUGUGCAUUGCUAAAGUUGCUGAAAAUGUUGAACUUACGGUUUCAAAAUAAAUCGAAUUCCUCUCUCUCCCUCUCUCUCCCUCUCCCUCCCUCUCUCUCUCUCUCUCUCUCUCUCUCUCUCUCUCUCUCUCUCUCUCUCAGUAUUUCUGGAAGUGUUGGCAGUCGUCGCCUAAAAAUGAUAUACCGAAGGCAAACAUAACCGUGAGCAUGUAUAGGUCUAUGAGUGGUGUUGUUCCAUAUAAUGACUGUUUUAUUUCUGACGAUGGGGCAAGUCGUUAAGCCAGAAUAUGGCCUUAACCUUGCUGUUUUCGGUGUCACCAAUCGAUCAUCAGGAGAGGCGGUACCUAUUUAAUGUCCAACGAAUGUUAACCCAUCGUCGUAGAGAGCGGACUUCCUUAACAAGCACCUCCGAUGAAUAUACUCUGGAUCAGAUAAAAAGCGGCCACUAGUAAACUUUCCAUCCAAAAAGGCUUUGUCACGGCCCUUCAUAGGUAAGGGGCGAUUAUCCAUGAUCUAUUUCCAGGGUGAGAUCAGAGAGGGAAUUGACGCUGUCCGCCAUAAAUGCACCAAACUGACAGAAUCAGAUGGAAAAAAAUCGUUACUUUGUUCACUCUUUAACCGCCUUCGGUCUCCUCACUUUGAAGCAUUAUUCUACCAUGAGUGACCUCGGGGUCGGUCGAAAUGUUUCCACUGCCGACCCAGCCAGCACCUCCUUAGUCCGUAAAUCACGUAUUGACUGCAAAAUAGAUCAUGCCAAUUGUCUCCCAAUGUGCCGGAGACCACCGACUUUGGGGGUGUUUAACGGAUUCUAGAAUGCCCAUUUGAGCCUUGCAAGUACCUGUAGAGCAACACACCGAUGGCGUUUUAAGACUCAAAAUUCCGCAGAUUUGCAAGUCCAAAAUUCCGCCACUGAAAGCUCACAUGUUUUCUCUAAAAACAGUUUUAUUUUUUUCCGCUCAUUUGUCUGUUUUACGCGAUAAAAAUUAUUUUUAGAUACCGGCAGGUCAGUUUGCGUAAACUUUUCCCACCUACACUGACCUCCAUUCGCCGAAAAACGCGCGCGAACCUUCAUACAUAGUUUACGACGCUUACUGCAAUAGCAAAACUCCCGUGUCACUAAUAAGUGGGAGAAAUAGCACUUGAUAAGGCUUUGCAGUAACCGAUAGAAUUGACGACUGCAAAGACACUUCAUUAUAAAGUACGGGUAUCUCUGCUAUCACGCUCCAUCAUUUUGCCAGCCAACGCAUUCGCAACAAUCAGCUGACUUCCAAGACAAGGUAUUUUAGCUCAUCGAAUUAGUAAUUUUGUAACAUUUUGGUUUUUUUUCAAGUGAUUAAAAACGUUUUAAGUGAAAAACUGGCCUGCUGUGGCACACGAAGUGGCCAAGUUCCGCAACCCUACAUCACCAAUCUUGUCCAUUUAUACACUUUCAACUCAUGAUCCUCCCUUACCUUGUACUUCAGGACAGCCGGAAUGACCGGAUCGCGAGUUGGCGCGAUUUCAGAACUAAAAAGGCAAAGAAACAUAAGAACCUUGGCGGUCUCAAACCGCCGAAGACGAAAAUGGAGCAGCGACCGAGCUAA